CUGCAGUUUAUGGUAGUGUCUGGGAUCAGCUCAGUAACUACAGGGAAACAUGCCCACUUACAUGUUUAGCGGUGUGUCUGGGGGCUCCCAGAAAAAAGAAGCGGUGAAAGCCAGGACUGCUGUGGUGAUGGCGGACAAGAAACCCAGGUACCAACUGCUGAAGCGCCGGUGCCUGGAUCAGGGCGUUUUAUUCGAAGAUCCUGAAUUUCCAGCCGAGGACUCGUCUCUGUUUUUCAGCCAGAAACCCCAAGUCUCCUUCGAGUGGAAACGACCCCAUGAAAUUGUAAAUAACCCAGAGUUUAUUACUGGUGGAGCUUCAAGGACAGAUAUCUGCCAGGGAGAUUUGGGUGAUUGCUGGUUGCUGGCUGCGGUGGCUUCAUUGACUCUGGAUCAGAAGCUGUUAGAUCGAGUCGUCCCACCAAAGCAGAAUUUUCAGGAGAAUUAUGCUGGCAUUUUUCAUUUUUGGUUUUGGCAAUACAACGAGUGGGUGGAGGUGGUGGUUGAUGAUCGGUUACCAACCUUCAGAAAUCGCUUGGUCUACCUUCACUCUGCUGAGCAAAAUGAGUUCUGGAGUGCCUUGUUGGAAAAGGCCUAUGCCAAACUAAAUGGCAACUAUGAAUCGCUAAAGGGAGGAAAUACACUGGAGGCCAUGGAGGACUUCACUGGGGGAUUGGGAGAGAUGUUUGAUCUCAAUGAGUCAUCUUCAGACAUGUAUGCAACCAUUCAGAAGGCACUGCAAAGGCGUUCCAUGGUGGGCUGUUCCAUUGACAUUUCAAGCUCUGCUGAAACUGAGGCUCGCACCCCUUCAGGACUGAUUAAAGGACACGCAUAUUCUGUCACUGGGCUCCAGGAGAUAAAAUACAAGGGGAAGCCAGUGCGGCUGAUCCGAGUAAGAAACCCUUGGGGUCAAGUGGAGUGGAAUGGAGCAUGGAGUGACAACUCUGCUGAAUGGAAGAUGAUCGACACGUCUGAACAUCGCACACUGAACAUGGUCUCCAAAGACGACGGGGAGUUUUGGAUGGCCUUUGAAGAUUUCUGCAAACAUUUUGGCAAACUAGAAGUCUGUAACCUUACCCCAGAUUCUUUGUAUGGUGACUCGACUCGGAAAUGGAACGUGUCGGUUUAUGAAGGGAAGUGGCAGAAAGGCUCUACGGCGGGAGGCUGCAGAAACUUCCCAGAAACUUUCUGGACAAAUCCUCAGUAUAAGCUGAGGCUACAUGAUGCAGAUGAUGGUAAAAACGACUCUACACUUAUGAUAGCUAUCCUUCAAAAGAACAGACGUAAACUGAGGAAAGAAGGAGUUGAUUUGUUAACCAUUGGAUUUGCUAUUUAUAAGGCAGAACCUGGUGAUGACCAUUUGCCAGAAGAAUUCUUCCAAUUUCAUGCUUCGGUAGCUAGAAGUAAGAGCUACAUUAAUGUAAGAGAAAUCUGCCAAAGGUUCCAACUUCCACCUGGAGAUUACAUCCUUGUUCCAACUACUUUUCAACCUCACCAUGAAGCUGAUUUUGUCAUUCGGAUCUUCUCAGAGAAGAAAAAUGAAUCUCUUGAAAUGGGGGAUAAAAUUGGUAUGGAUCUUCCUGAUCCACCUACACCAUCCAAACUCAACAGGGAGACAGAAGAGGAAAGGCAAUUCCGCAAACUUUUCGAAGAUAUAUCAGGAGAGGACCUGGAAAUUGACGCAUAUGAACUGCAGAAGAUUUUAAGCACUGUGUUUGCAGCACAAAAGGAGCUGGCGACUGACCAGUUUGACAUUGAGACGUGCCGAAGUAUUGUGUCUCUGUACGCUAAAGAUGAAAGAAGGAUGCUCGGAUUUGAAGAGUUUAAGUACCUCUGGACCAGGAUGAAGAUGUGGAAGACUGCUUUCCUGAAGUGUGAUAAUGACAACUCUGGCACGAUAUCCUCUUACGAGCUUCGUUCAGCCAUCGAAGAAGCAGGAUUUCAAGUUAACAACCAACUAAUACAGUUGCUAGUCCUGCGAUACGCCAACGAUUAUAUGGAGAUUUACUUUGAUAACUUCAUCCGAUGCCUCGUGCGUCUGGAGACGUCAUUCAGAUCAUUCAUGAAUUUUGAUACCAAAAAGACUGGUGAAAUAUCCAUAAAUAUGUUGCAGUGGCUCCUCCUGACUAUGAACAUCUGAAGAUCUAUUGUGAAUUCUGUGACAAGCUAUAUCGAUUGAGGCAGAAACAUGGGCUAUUAUAGAGAACAGAAAUGUGGUGCUAUUCUUUGUACUUUUUCCCUUUUUCUUAAAAUGUACUCGGUGUAUCUAAUUUGCACUUGUUAGAAAUGUUCUGGAGAAAGCAUCUAUUUCCAUUAAUGUUGCUUUAAUAUUUGUAAUAAGAUUUGAGUUAGGAUUUUGCUGCAGGGGGAAACGUCCCUCCUUUCGGAGUUCAAUAGUCACAAAUGUUUCCGAAUGGGAUGUGAAGAGAGAGAUUAGAUUUUGUUUUUCCUCACAGAGCAGUGGAGGUGUGAAACAUAUUCCCAAUAAAGUGUUGCAUUGGUUAACUCCUUAAGAAAAACUGGAUCAGUAACUGCUUCCAAACAGUAUUUGAGGAUACAGAGAAAUUGUAGAGUGAGAUGAACAAAUAUGCUACAAAUACAAUGCACUUCUGAGGAAUGGGAAUGGAAUAAUUUCUGUUGAAGGAAAGAUAUUAGGUUUGAACAGUGGCAAUGUGGAGGUGGAUGAUGAUUUGAAAAUGUUGCCUGUGGGAUCAUGGAAUAUCUGCUGAAUUUAAUCCCAUAAAUGGUGUGAUUUCCAUGAUAAUAAAAUAACUUUAUAUAGCAUAAUUCAUGUGGGUAGCGUUUUGUGGUGCUUAAGAGUGGAGGAGCCUGGCACCCAGCUGGAGAGAGGGGAGGUGACCGUAGACACAGUUGAGCAGAAAUGUUCCCGAGUGGGAUGUGAAGAGAGAGAUUUUGUCUUCAGUUGUUAUCUGAAGACCGGCAAAGAAGGGAGAAGGCGGAUUGAUUGAGACAGGGUAAAUUUUGUUCAGUUGUGGAAGGAGUUGGCUUUUUGGGCUGACUGACCUUUUCGAGUGUCAUGCUUUCUUAUGUUUGGAAUAUAGAACUGGUUGCAUCUCUUCAAGACACUAUACUAUGUGAAUGGUACUAUAUAAAUGGAAAUUGUUGUUGUAUAAAUUGACAGAACAAUACAACUGUAUUUACUGUGAAUGGUGUUUUAUGAUGCAUUGUACUAAAUGUACAGGGAGGUAUUUUUUAAACCACUAACUGCCCUUUUAAUUAUAAGUAUUGUUUUGUUAAAUACUUUUUAGAAAAUCUAAAUAUAGGUGCCACAUUUAAAGCGACUGAGCCUUCCUGCUGUCAAUUAUACUACAAAUUUACUUGGUGCAUCUAAUUUGCUAAUUUGUGGUUCUUCUUCCAGUCGAAAUGUUUAGUGGAAAUCAUCCAUUCACGUCUUGGCAGAGGUGAUUCACACUAAUACUCUUUCAUUGUUUGGCGUCUAUUUUUUUGUUCAGCCGGAAAACCAUUAUCAUGUUCAAAGAGUCACCAGAUCAACCCACUGGAAGCUCCGCAAAUGUGUGGUUUCAGUUUGUCUGGGUCUUAAGUAAUUAGAAGCAGAAAGCAAUACAAUCCUGAGAAGAAAUACUGUAAAGGGAUUCAGGUAAAAUGGAGCCUAAAGAUCACAAGAUUGGUUUUGAGGAAGAAGAUCCAUUUAAAUUCAUUCUUCCAGAAUACCCACCCAAUUAUCUUCCCACCACAGGAUCAAGACAAAUACCAUCUAAGAAUCAGACCACUUUUGAUCAAGUAGCCUGUGCUCAAAUAGUACAAAAGGUUAAGUGAUAAAGUUAUAGUUUGCAACAGUGAUAACAAAGCUUCAACCUGCAAAACCAUACACUUCUUUUUUUUGGAAAACAAGAUUGCAUUACCCAAUUGAAUAGGAGUGUGCAGUUAUAAUGGGAUAUCUAUAUGACUGACUGGCAUGUUGUAAAUUAGCAGAGAUGUAUUUGAAAUGCUGCAGUUAUUAAGUAAUUGGUCAACUGUUACAGCGACAGCCAACAAUAUACUUCAGUAUUUGCUAUCCCAACACCAUCAACAGCACAAUGGGCAGAUCAACUCUACUGUGCCACAACUGGCUGGUUUCAGCCUAAAUCAAUUGAUACACAUAUAUAUAUAUAUAUAAUAUAAAAAUAUAGUUUUAUUACUUUUAACAAUGAGUGAAUUGGCACAAAACAUUUAUUUCAAGCAAUUUUGCUACGUUAUCACCCUCAUGAGAUCCCUCAUUACUGGUUAAUCUGAUCCACACUUUGCACAAGAAGAUUCUAUCCCACUUUCUUAUUAGUGUUUGCUUCAUUAUUUUGGUACAAGAUUCUUCUGUACUCUCCAGUGUUAGCAUUGCACAAUGUGAAACAGUUUGAACAAAAAUGCAAGUGUAUUCUCAUAUGUUUCUAAGAGCUGAAUGACCUUGAUAUGAUUUCAGUAAAUGUUCUAAAUAUUCUGUAUUUUACUUAUUGUUUGUAUUUUGUUUAAGGCUUUUACAUCAAAGUGAAUUUAUAUUGGUAUUAUGGAGAAAAUUAUAAUAAAUCGAUUUCUA